UCAUAUCCUAAUCGUGUAGAACUCUGAAACCCCAUUACAUCUCUAUACUUGUCUACGUUUGGAAUUUUAUAUAUUUUGUUAGCAAAUUUUAUUUUUGGUAUUAUUAGCUCAAAAAAGAGUUUAGUGAAAACGGAACUAGUAAAUAAUACAGUGAUAAAUCGCCGAACAAAACGCGUCUAAGGAUAACCGUUUAAGCUAAAUCUAAAACGAUGUCCAGUGUCCAAGAGAAAUGUGUUAGCUUCAAGGAUAAAAGAAUGGUCUGGAAUACGAGCAUCGAUGUUCAGGGCGUGGUUGAUGCCUUGAACAAUCUGCCCAUUGUCCACCAACUGGACUUGGAAGGCAAUACACUCGGAGUGGAGGCAGCAGAGGCUAUUGGCGAAGCCCUCAAGCAGCAUCCCGAGUUGCGUUCUGCCCUAUGGCGUGAUCUCUUCAAUUGUCGCACCAGGACUGAGGUACUUAUGAGCCUACAGCACCUGGCCAAUAGCUUAAUGUACGGCUCAAUCAAACUAACUGUUCUGGAUCUGAGCAUGAAUAAUCUCGGAACUGAUUGCUUCAACGGAUUGGAUGCCAUCAUCCGGUCGGGCGCAUGCUACACGCUCCAGGAGCUACGCCUGGAGAACUGCAGUCUGAUGCCCCACGCAACCGUUUUGCUUGCCCGUUCCCUGAUCCAAUUGUAUAAAAACGCCGAGAAAGAGAAUACUCCAUUGAAGCUACGCACCAUCACUCUGGGCAACAACUGUAUGGAGACCGAAGGAUGCACCGAACUGUCCGAGGCAUUCAAAGUCCUGAAAACCCUUGAGGUUAUCGAUCUCAAGCAAAACGAUAUCUUUCUCGAUGGUGUUAGUUCCCUAGCCUUGGCCCUGGCGGAGAACUUACAGCUGCGCGUCUUUAAUAUGAACGAUAACGCACUAUGCGAAGGAUUGGAAGACAUCUGCUUGGUUCUGCCGCAGUUGACAAUGUUGCGUGAAAUCGAUUUUGGCGAGUGCUUAAUUGGCAACAAAGGCGCCUUCCAACUGAGCCAGGCUUUAGAAAAUCAUCUAACUCACUUGGAGUUCCUCGAUCUGGGAUUCAAUCAUAUCUGUGUGGACGGCGGCCUAGCUGUAGUCAAGUCCCUGAAGAAUAAGGAAAAUCUACGUUACGUGUAUCUCGGUGGGAAUUGCUUUGGAGCUCGCGGCUGCCAGCGUAUCCUGUGCGAAAUGAACAAACUACCAACUUCGGGCGCACUUGGACCGUUCGAUGAAGAUGUUUCGGAAGACGAUGAGUUCUAUGUGGACACAAGUUUAAACGAAGAGGGGGCUACCGACGUUGCUACUCCCGAUGGUUCUAAUCCCGAUGGUUCUAAUCCUGAUGGUUCUAAUCCCGAUGGUUCUAAUCCCGAUGGACGCAAUGAAUAGGCAAUUUCAAUUAAAUUUUCUUCGCCAUAUACUAAAUUGAUUUCUAGUUAUUAGUUCAUUCAUAUUCAAAAUUUACUGAAAUGUUAAACACAAUGAUGUACUUGAAUUGAUGUACUGUAGUAACUGUGAUACUGAAACAUAAUGAAAUAUGUACCUUUCAAAGGUAGUCUUAAGA